AUGGAGAGGUUGGGUUUUUUCUUCGGUACGGAUGAAGUCAAACAGUUCCACUGCUUGAAGGCGGCUGUAGCCGAGGUCUUGGGUACCUCCACCCUGCUAAUGAUCGGCUGCGGGGCUGUGGCGACGCUAAAUCCCCCCGACGGCGCCCCUCUGAUGGCGAUAGCCUUCUCCUUCGGCCUGGCUCUGACCUUGGCGAUCUGGACAUUCGGGGACAUUAGUGGCGCCCACGUUAACCCUGUGGUGACCGUUAGCUUCCUGGUGACUGGACAUAUGGGUAUCUCUAAAUGUGUCAUCUACAUCAUGUGUCAGCUACUGGGAGGUGUCUUGGGCUCCGGUUUCAUCUGGUUGAUUGUCCCCGUGGCGUGGCGGGGAAACGGUGGAAGCACUACACUGACCAAAGGUCUGGAAAUGUGGCAGGGUUUCUUGGUGGAGAGUGUUACAACAUUUUUACUGGUGCUGACAGUCUACGCCAGCAGUGACCGACUCAGGACCAACCACAGUGGACUCAUAGCCAUAAGUAUUGGAUUCUGUGUCACGGCCAAUAUUUCAUGGAGCGGCAAUUUGACCGGAGGAAGCAUGAAUCCUGCAAGAACCUUUGGACCAGCCCUCUGGUCAGGAACGUGGAAGGACCACUGGCUGUACUGGACAGCUCCAUUUGUUGGCGGUAUAACGGCGGCACUGCUGUACAAGAAGUUCUUUUCAGGGAAGGCACCGGAAGUGCAGGAAAAAAAGCCGCCAUUGAAGUCUCAGCUCAGGACAGGAAGCGGAAGACGCGGUUUCCUUGACUACACCAUUGACAUCGAAGGCCCAAAAGAGAGGAGCGUUGAAGGCGUUUGCCCGAAUCCAGCACAGGAAGGUUUGAUAGAUGCCCAGUCGACGAGUGUCCUAGAUAGGAGUUAUCCAAUCACAGAAGCUGGGAGCGUGGUGACCUUUACCUCCCGAGCAGAUGGUGGUGAUGAGGAAGUGGAUACUGUUCGUUAUCGGGACGUCAGCAGACGAUUGUCGAUAGAUGAGCUAAGCAAAGUCUAA